AAGAGGAGGAAGAAGAAGACGCGAAAAGAAGAGGAAGAAGUGGACGAGGAAGCGCGAGACUCGCUUUGGACUCUUGUUCUGAUCGCGCGCUCAGAGAGAGCGAGACACUCUUCAGCGAGAGAGAGAGAGAGACACACACACACACACACACACACACAUACACACACACACUUCGGAGGAGCGAGCGUGAACAGCGCGAGGAGGAGCGCGCGACCUGCAGCAUGCAGAAAUGUCUGCAGAGACGGAGCUGGAUGUGAGAGGAGGAUCGGAGCGGGAGAUCGCAAAGGAAGAGGAGAGCGGCGGAGGGAGAGGUGGAAGAAGAGAGGGAAGAAGAGAAAGAGAAGAAAGAGAAAGAGACGGACGAGGAGCAGAGAGCUCCAUGCAGUUCAGCACCAGACCGGCCAGCGUGGAGCCGGGCUACAUGGGGACAUGGCAGCAGCAGAACACUGACAGUAACCUCCUGUUCAGGAUGUCCCAGCAGGCCAUUCGCUGCACUCUGGUGAACUGCACCUGUGAGUGCUUUCAGCCGGGGAAGAUCCACCUGAGGACGUGUGACCACUGUAAACACGGAUGGGUCGCUCACGCCCUGGAUAAGUUGAGUACUCAGCACCUGUACCACCCGACGCAGGUGGAGAUUGUGCAGUGCAACGUGGUGUUUGAUAUCAGCAGUCUGAUGCUCUAUGGUACGCAGGCCAUCCCCGUCAGACUCAAGAUCCUCCUGGACCGACUCUUCAGUGUCCUCAAGCAGGAUGAGGUCCUACAUAUCCUCCACGGCCUGGGCUGGACGCUCCGAGAUUACGUCAGAGGAUACAUACUGCAGGAUGCUGCAGGCAAGGUGCUGGACCGCUGGACCAUCAUGUCCCGUGAAGAGGAGAUCAUUACCCUGCAGCAGUUCCUGCGCUUCGGUGAGACCAAAUCCAUUGUAGAGCUGAUGGCGAUCCAAGAGAAAGAAGGCCAGGCAGUCACAGUUCCCUCAUCAAAGACCGACUCCGGCAUCAGGACUUUUAUCGAAAGCAACAACCGUACCCGCAGUCCUGGUCUUCUCACACACUUGGAGAACAACAGCCCUUCCAGCAUCCACCACUUUGAGAACAUCCCCAACAGCUUGGCUUUCCUGCUGCCCUUCCAGUACAUCAAUCCAGUUUCAGCACCUAUGUUGGGCCUUCCACCUAAUGGGCUUGCUCUCGACCAGGCAGCACUCAGACUUCGUGAGCCAAACCAUCCCAACCAGAGUGAGCCAGUGGAGAGCAGUGAGUCAGAAGUAUCUCUCUCACCCUUUCGCAGCAGUCAAAGUCCGAGUCGAGGCACCAUGGGAUCCUUGCCCAAUUCUAUUGAGCCCAAAACAGAGCCCAAUGGUGCUUCGCCAAUCACCCCAACCCCAGUUGCACAGCAAGCCCAACAACAGCAGACACAGCAGCAGCAGCAGCAGCAGACACAGGCCCAGCAACAGCAGCAGCCCAAUGCUCUGAAUGACCACCAGUCCCAUCACCACUUUGUAAAGAGUGAGCAAUCAAAGAACAUGUCCCACUCUUCAUUCUCCUCCAAGAUGCACCGAAUGCGUCGCAUGGGCACGCCCUCCCGCAAAGGUCGCGUCUGUUGCAAUGCCUGCGGAAAAACCUUCUAUGACAAGGGCACACUGAAGAUCCACUACAAUGCUGUGCAUUUGAAGAUCAAGCACCGCUGCACCAUUGAGGGGUGUAACAUGGUCUUCAGCUCACUGCGGAGCCGCAAUCGCCACAGUGCUAAUCCCAAUCCUCGCCUCCACAUGCCCAUGCUUAGGAACAACAGAGAUAAAGACCUCAUCCGCUCAAGCUCCGGCACGGCCACGCCCGUCAUCUCUAGCGCCAAAACUGGCUUCAGCUUAACUAGUCCUGGACGACCACCGCUAGGCUUUGCCACUCCUCCUCUUGACUCCAUGAUGCAGAGCCCCUUGCAGAGUCCUCUGGUCUUCCCAUCCUUAAAAUCUGUGCAGCCUGUACAGCCGGUGCCACCUUUUUACCGUACAUUACUUUCUCCUGCUGACAUGGUUAGUCCUCCAGUGUCCCUGCCCACCAGUCCAAUUUUACCCACUACCACCAACAGCACUUCCCUCAUGGAACAGCAGCAACAGAUCUUAGCUGCUAGCUCCAACAACUCUCAUUUGUCUGAAACAGGAACAGGGGUUUUAUCUCAUCACCUUUCCACCAACCCUAGUGCCCCAGAUCCAGUCACCACAGACCCCACGCCUAAAAAGAAACCCCGUAAGUCCAGCAUGCCUGUCAAGAUUGAGAAAGAAGUGAUUGACGUGGCAGACGAUUAUGAUGACAAAGAUGAUGAUGAUGAUGACAGCUGCCACCACCGUCAUCCUGCAUCCCAUCUUCACAAUAACAUCAACGGUAAUUGUAACAACAACAACAACAGCAGCAGUGGUCACUUGAGUGGAGGUAGUGGACACCAGUCACCUUCACAGGAUGAGAUGAGUCCAAGCCUGGCACUGAGAGGUAUGCUGCGGCCAGAUCAAGAUGACUGCCGCGGGGGUACUAGCGAUGGAGGUACAAGUGAAUUGCGAUGCAUGGAUAGCUUCACCUCUGAAGAUCAGGACCACGAGCGUGACUUUGAGAAUGAAUCCGAGACAUCUGAAUCCAAGAUGUUUUACCGUGAUGAGAUGAUGGAUGCUGAAGAGCAACGCAAUGCCUCAGGAGGUCUGGACAAAGAAAAGGAAGAAGGAGAGGAAGAUGGUCACCUGCGGAAAGAGCUGGAGGAUAAGAGCCGUUCCUCACCCUCUCCGCAUCAGCCAGUAAUCAAAAUCAAAGAAGAACUCAGUGACCCCACGUAUGACAUGUUCUGCAUGGGUCAGUACGGCCUGUACAACGGUGGGAUGGCUGCCGCGGCUGCAGCCACUGCUAGCAUGGCUGCCUUGCAUGAAAGCUUCAUCUCCUCAAUGGGCUAUGGCUCAAGUCCCCCCAAGUUCCACUCCCAGUCCCCUGAGGGUGACUUAUGCUCCAGUCCUGACCCCAAAAUCUGCUACGUCUGCAAGAAGAGCUUCAAGAGCUCCUACAGUGUUAAACUGCACUAUAAAAAUGUGCACCUGAAAGAGAUGCAUGUCUGUACUGUGGCUGGCUGUAACGCUGCUUUCCCUUCCCGACGAAGCCGAGACAGGCACAGCUCCAACAUCAACCUGCACCGCAAACUGCUGACCAAAGAACUGGACGACAUCGUCCUGGACCCCCAGCUCACGCUGCUGCCCAAGGACCUCCGUACCGAGUUUCUGGCCAAAAUAUAUGCGGGUAGGCACCACCACCACCACCACCACCACCACCACCAUUUGGGGCUGGAGGGGGUAGUGGGGGCUCACCGAAACAUGGCCCGAAACGAAGAGGCAGGGUCUCCCGUCAGCACGGAGUAUCCCCAUGGUGAUAAUUACCGUGGCAAUGAUGACUAUGCAGUGGUUCUGGACCUGAGCACGACAUCGAGCGUGCAGUCCAGCGGCAGCGUGCAUUCCUCGCAUGAGUCGGACGAAGGUAGCGAUGAGGGAAUCCUGUUGGACGAUCUAGAGGGCAGCGAGGAAGGAGACGAGGCCAGCCAAGGUCACUUGGGGGUCAGGGACGAGGAAGGAGGGGCCAGAGAGACAAGGGGGGUGGAGCUUGCACCCUCUGACCCCGCCUCCUCUCCGUCCCUAAGGUCAGGUGGUAACGGCGGCGGUAAUAACGGCGUGGGCGGGGGCAUCCUGUGCACGAUCUGCCACAAAAUGUACAGCAACAAAGGCACCCUAAGGGUCCACUACAAGACUGUCCACCUGCGGGAGAUGCACAAGUGCAAAGUGCCCGGCUGCAACAUGAUGUUUUCCUCCGUUCGCAGCAGGAACAGGCACAGCCAGAAUCCGAACCUGCACAAAAACAACACACCCUUUUCCAACAUGGUCGAAUAGCCCACUUUAUCCUUCCCCGUCCGUACACCUGCUUAACACACUCAAUAAAACCAUUAUCUCAUCAUUCCUGCUAAAAAAAAAAAGUGGACCGGGUGCUCCCGUAAUGCCUGUCCAAAAAAAAAAAAAAACUUCAGUGUUAUUUCAAAAAUUCUCAAAAAGGUUCUCUUUCCAACUCUAAGCAGACUAUGAAUCAGCAUUGUGCCCUUUUGACAUUUUUCCUUCUUUGGAAGAACUUUGAUCGGAGCAAUUCCAAGACAGCUCCAACUUCUACCUACCCUCCCUCCCAUCACCCCAUUCUUAAUUUUCGUCCAACUCCAAAGAAGCUCCUCAGACUCUUUGUGUGUGACUGUUGCCUGCGGAAACGAUGAUAAUAAUGAGAAAAAAAUGAGAAAAACGAGUCUCCUUGUUGUAUUUGUGAAAUGAUAGCUUUUAAAAAGAAAUCCCGUACCUAAGCAUGAAUGGCUUAAAUUUGUAAAUAAUGUCCUGAGAGGCUUUUUGGUGUAAAACAAUUGUAUUGAUGGUCGUUUGCAACUUUUUUUUCUCUUACUUUCGUUUCUUUUUCUUCCUUUUUUUCCAUUUUUUUUUGUUUGGGGGGGUUUGAUUUUAUGUUACAGUACAGUACUUCCAGCUCAAAGUAAGUGUAGGUGAGAAGAGGUAGCAUCUUACUAGCUUGAAUCAUUUAUAUUAGCUUAAAAAAACAAGAAAAAAAGAAAAAAAACAAAAACAAAAACACUUUUUAACCGAGAACAAAAAGGAAAAAAAUUGUGACUUGUUUUAUCUACUUGUGAGACAUGCGGAGGGAGCUUGCAUGCUUUCAGGCUCCUAAAUACUUUUCUUUUACUCGUUUUCUUAUGUUUUAUAGCUUUAGUACGGAAUUCGGUUUUGCACUUUGCGACUAUAUGAGCGGGAUGUGUAAUAUUAUUACAAGGAAAACACUUUGCAAUGAUGGGUCUCCAACACGGCAGUGUUUGAGUUAUUCAUGGCUGUGGUGCCAGGGGGAAAAAUUACUGUAUCUUUGCAUAAACGUGCCAGUUUUGCACAAACAUUCAGUUAAAAAAAGAAAACAGCUACAAAGGCCCAUGUUUGACCAGGACAAAUGUAGUAAUCCAGCCUAUUAAGUGUAUCUAGACAGUGUUUCUACAAGUAUUUUCCUCUGCAGGAUUUGUGACUAAAUAUAACUGCCAUUUCACUGCAGAGAAUAAGUAUUAAUGGGACGGUUUCUGCCCGCUACAGAAGUAAACACAUAUGGGUUAACGUCUGUAAAGUACUAUCCCCACAAUUAGUUCCCAGGUUAAGUAGGCAAUCUUUCUACUGCAUGCGCUGUUAUCAUACAAGAGUUAGUGAGUGAGUGUCCCGUAAUUAGUUUUGUCUCUUUAAAAUUUUAUUCUAGAAUGAAAGCAGUCGCCAUCUCAGAGUAUUUUCUAACUGCAGGCCUUGUUUUUUUUAAAGGAAAAAGACUUUGAACUGUGACAAAAGAAGUGGUUUCCUAAUCCUGGACCAGCUCAAACACCCAAAUGAAGUGAAAGUCUUCGGUUUUAGCUUCGUUCCUCGGUACGCUGUUCGAAGGGUUCUUUGGAGAAAUGCCAUAGAAGAGCCACUUUCCUUCCAGUGGAAAGUGAGAUGUAUUUAAAGUUUAAAGAACUUUAUAUAAGGUAAAGAUUAGACUAAGAUUUUUUUCUUUUUUUCCGUAGAACUGAACCUUUAUUUUUCACAGUGUGCAGCUCUUCAGUUCCAUCUGUGGAAGGAAAAGUGGUAGAGAUGAUGCAGUGGAGGUUCAUUUUGGGUAAAUGUUGAGUUUUAAGUGAAACUUGAUUAGUAGUUAAUUAACUCGCUUCGGGCCGCAUCUGUGCUGAAAACGAACUGACCUGAGUGGAAUGUGAUUGACAUUAGUGCUUCUACAUGCCAACACACAAUAUUACGCUCUCAUAUACAAAAGGGGUUCUUUAAAGUACCAAAAUAUAAAAGUUCUAACUCUUGUAUCAAUAGCAGAACAAUUUAUUGGUGCUGUGUAAGGGCCACUUUAAGUACUAGAUACUGCUGCUGUUGGAUCAAAACCUCACAUCUCCAAAAUGGUAACUUUACAGGAGAAGGAAAAAACCUACAAUAUUUUUAAUGUAAAUCAAUGGAACCAGACAUUUUUCCAAGUCAUUUUGGGUCAUUUCUGUUCAUCCAUUCAUCAUGAAAUUCCCACGCAAUGUAAAGGACCACGGAUACUUUCCAAUUAAGUCCAAAACUUAAAAAUGACAAAAAUGGAGAUACAAGGUUUUGUUCCGACAGCAGCGAUAUAUUCCAGAUGCUCCCAGGUCUACAAAGAACUGUGUGUGCUUCAGUUUCCUUCUUUGAUCGCUAUUAUGGUCCUGACUGUAAUUGACUGCACUGUUGUUGACAGCAAUAGUAAUAGGAACAAUAAUUGAUCUUUUUCAUAACUUAGAACGGCACAGACAAAAAAGACCCACAACUGAGCACCAGAAAGGUUCUUAAGCUGUCAUGGUUCUACACAAUCAAAUGGCUUCACCAAAGAACCCCCUUUGUGUAAGAGCGUAUGAUACGAUAUGACAGAAAGGCUGCUGUCUGUUCUGCAUACUCCAGUCUGAGGGAACAUGUUCUUUUCCCCUUUACUUCUUGAUUUAAAAGACUUCACUAUGAUUUGAGGAGUGUGAGAGGUGGGGGCUUUCGCCGUGAGCGAGCAGAAAACGGAGGAAGAGAAAGAGAGAGAGAGAGAGAGAGAGAGAGAGAGAGAGAGGGAGACAUGGAGCAUCAUUAAAAAUGUGCCGCAACACAGUACCUGGAGGCAUCUGCUUGAUUCCGCCACUGAUCUGUCUAAUAACUCGUCACUUCAUUACAUUCAAAGACACGAGUGUUGCUGACAAGUGUGUGUCACGGAGACAUCCGACCCCCCUCUUUUUUUCCUUUUUUCCUCCCUUUUUUCCUCCUUCCCCUCCUGUUUUCUCCCUCUCGGCCUGCGAGCCCCUGCUUUUCUCUCACUUUCCCCUUUUCCUUUUCCUUUUUUUCACCCGUCAGAGCCUCCAGAGGGACUUUGGGCUAAUAAUACACGCUUAAAGUUCACGGGACGGCCAUAGCUGUGUAUAAAAGGAGGUGUAAUUGCCUGUUUAUCCCAUGCGAGUGGAAAAUUGAGCAUAGAAAGCCAGCCGUCUCCCUGGAGUCACACACCGACGCCCACUUCAACACACCACUCUCUCAGAGAGGACCAAGUAUGCCACUCUGGAGACUGCUGACAGCUGUCUCUCAAACACACACACACACACACACACACACACUUACUCUUUUACAACUCAGAGUGUGCAGCACUCACAGCGCUAACAGGCCAGCGGGAUGACAGCAGCAAGAGGAGUUGUUAACCUCUGGUGAUGGACGAGGCACACAGAGAGAAAGCGAGAGAGAGAGAGAGAGAGAGAGAGAGAGAGAGAGAGAGGGAGAGAGAGACAGAGAGAGAGAGAGGGAGAGAGAGAGAGAGAGAGAGAGAGAGAGAGAGUUAAAUAGACAGGCUUCUCUCAUUGACACCUUGUUAAAACCUCAAAACAUUAAAGCCAGGUUGAUUCAAGUGGCCUGAAACCACCUUAAAUAUUCAGCCCCAUUUACAGAGACUGAAUAAAAUAAAAAAUAAAUAAAUAAUCAUUUGGCUUUUCAUAGGCACCUGAGAGAAUUACAAAUAAAAGGUAUUUAAAUUAUUCUAUUACUAGCAAAAAUACAAAUCACAUUAAUACAAGUCGUGUUCUUAUGUCUGUUCAUACAUCAUUGUGUGUCGCCUUGAUCAUUUCCAAACUCUCCUCUCGGCAGCCAGUGCUUUAAAACAAUCUGCGUAGGUGCCUAAAACAUUUGUACACUACUAUAUAUUGUUUAUACUGUAAAAAUUUUAACAUUGAAUAGAGCAACAGAAAUGCUCCAAAAAUCUAGCUUGAAAAAGGCUCAUAUUCAAACUUAAAUGACUUACAUUAAAACUUCCAUUUUAAAUGUCCCGUGUUCAGGUUUAUAUUAGAAUUAAAUAAAUAAUAACACUAAAAUAUGCUAGUUACGCACUAAGUGGCUCACAGAGAAAAAAAAAUCCUGAAAGAGUGUAUGUGUGUGAAUCAGCCAGGGCUUUCCACAGUCAUUACAGCACCGAAACACGAUCUGGUGAGAGGAACUGCAUCGGCACACACACAAACCCUCAACUUAAAGCGUUCCUAUCGAGCGUUCCAAUGUUUAGACUUCCCUGCAUUUAGAGAAACAGAGCAAGCAAGCAAGAGAAGAGUGAGAGAGAGACGGCUGGGGGGGUGGUGAGGGGUAUUGGCAGCCCUGGCCCUGGCCCUGGCCCUGGCCUGCUUGAUUAGCUGCCAUACUUUGUCUGUGCUGCCAGUUAACCCCUUAAACACCAGGCUAAGUGUUCAGUUAUCACCAUUAAAACUAUUACAGUUCAAUAACUUCUAUGAAACGGAUGUGUAAAUGAUGUAUUUAUGAGAAAUGUGGACCCGCACACUGACCCUCUUAUUUUAUUAGUUUAUGGGGUUAACUUCUAGCUGUAAAUGAAUGAAAUCUACGCUAACACACUGAAAGGGAAGCCGAAUGGCCUAAGAGGAACCUGCUGGCAGCUUCGUACAGCUUAGUCCUUUCACCAGAGAGCCGGUAAAUGAAGCAGGGAGAGAGACAAAGAGAGAGAAGAGGCAAGCUAAAGGCGCCAGGGUUCCUCUGGCCUUUCGGCUGGCCUGCUGAUUGCCUGCUGCUGCUGGAGAGUAAUCGGCCGCCCCCACACUACCCCCCCCCCCCCCACCUCCACCCCCCCAACCCCCUGCUGCCCUGUGCUUUUGAGAAAUGACCAGCCAUUUUCUCUCUCUCUGAGAGACAAAACCACCAGGGUUUCACGUGCCCACGCGAGUGGCCUGGCCAUUACUGUCCCCCACCGUCCCCAGAGCAGGGCUUUUACAGCAAAAAAAAAAAGCCUCAGUGAGGCAUUAAUAUUUCAUCAGGCCACUAGCUGAAGAUGCUCUGAUACAACAGCAUCACUACAGAGAAGAACAAUGGGCCGGAGGCUCCACUGACCAUUACAGGCCAGGUGGCACAUGCAGCCUAAGCACUAGAUAGUUUCAGAGCACAGUUUUAAGAUGUCAAUAGGUUGUUUACUUGAGUGAUCAACAUGCAUGAAACUUACAAACACGUUUGAAAAAACUGAAUAUGAGGAUUUUGGACACUCUGGAGCACCGAGAGGAGAUCUUUCUAUGCUUGUUUGACGAUUAUCAGGCAUUGAGUGACCGCAGCGCUGAAGUGGCUUAUGGUAAUAAAAUACAAAAGUGAGUGCCCUCUGGGAGACUUUGCGUAUAAGUAUAGGCAAUACUGAAAGUCAAAACGUUCAAGUUCUUCAGAAAACAUCACAUGAGAACCAGGAUUCUCCACUUGUUGUUUUAGUGUGGACUCCUGGCAUUUUCUGUGUUCAAUAUAACCUUCUAAAACUGCAUCAUCUCACCUUUUAGGAUGGGUGUGAACUCAGUGUCUUAAUAUAGAGGCAAACAAAAUCUUUCAGUGUGGUUUAAUGUAAAAUGCUUUCUUGUAGAGGAAAUUGACUUACAGUGAUACAGGUGCCAAUGUCUUUAAUGCAAACGUAGCCAUUUAAUUGACUGUCCAGGCCACAUCAUCCAGUGUCUUCAGAACUAUUUUGUGUAAUAACUUUCUGUGACGUAGCAUUCAGACACUUUAAACUCUUCAGGCGUCUGGUUCCUAUCACCAUUGCUCAGAAUAAUUCAGAAUAAUCCUGAAUUCAGUUCUCUAGAAUAGAGAAUUUCACAUCAAACCACUCUGAACGACUUUGUUCACACCACUUAAUUAUUCAGAAAUUUAGAACAUUUCGAAUUCACAGUUGACACAAACUAGAGAUGCUCGCACCAAAAUAAAGGUGUUCUCUGGAGCAACAACCACUUCUGGCUAUCUAAGGGACCUCUCCAUGAAGAACCAUCAAUGUAAAUGAGAUGUGCGCGUUGCAAGAACCUUUUUAAAGUCAAAGAACUUCGGCAUUAUGUAAAGGUUCUAUGCCAGUUAGUGCUAUUUUCCUAGAACUGUACAUCCGAGCCAAGAACCAUUGAGGAACCUUUGCUUUUAAGAAUGCAGUGAGCUUUGCUUUAUUGUGAGGAUUCAUUUUGGAGACACUUUUAAAAUCUUCAGACAGAUGGAAGCGUUAGUGUUGAUUCUGCAGAGCGGAGAGAACGUUGAUAAUGUAGUCUAAUGUGAUUUGUCUUGUACUUAAAAAUGCCAUUAUACAGUCAAAAUACAGCAAGACAUCAUUCUUAUGUAAAAUAUAAAGGUAUUUGAAUGUGGUCUGUAAAGUGAAGAGGAAAAAAGAAACUAAUGACCGUAAGUCAGUACAAAAUAUUUACUUUUUUUUUUGGUUUUCGUCCAACCGCAAAGAAUAAAUAAGCUUGAAAUCUUUUGUGAAUACCUUUUUAUUUCCCUGUUGAGUUCUGCGGUGGUGUUUGCUGUGCUUGUCUUGUUUGUUUAGUGCUUAUCGGCCCUCGUUCCCACCUAGCUGCUCUGCGCCCUCGCUACAGCUCGAGAGUGGCACCGCAAAAGUGCAUUUACAUCAGGGGUAGCUUGCAUCGCUUCGAUUUUCCAAUGGUGACAUUGGUAGCUUCAUGAAUAGUGUAUGGGCCCUGAACAGGAUUUUUCCAUUAGGCAAGACUGGAGGAAGGAAAAAUAAAAAGGUCCUUUUUUUAAUUGAUUUUGCUUUUCCGUGUAUCUUCUGUAUCAUAACUGUCUAUGGUUUUUGCAUAAAAUGCAUAAGGGUUUUGGGAUGUAAAUGGAAUUUUAUUCAUAUUUUGUCCAAAUACCUCUUGUAAUUUGUAUCAGAAUUCUUGUACAAUUUUUAUAUUAAAGAUUUAUCAGUCA